AAGAAGUUUCGCAGUGACGUAGUAGUAACGGCCACAAACAGGAAGAAAACAUCCAGCUGUUAGCCAAGCAGCUAGCCCGUUAGCCUGUGUACCGCUGGUCCAGUAAUGACACGGCUUUCAGGGUCGGGAUCAAACCGGUGUUGUGUCGUCAUGCUGUGUCCGGAGGAGUGACCGGACCCGCGGAACCAACCGAACCGAACCGUCCUCGACUUUCCUCCGCUGCGAGCGUAGAAACAAGCAGGUGUGAAUGAGUGACGUGGUGCCUCCCACAGCUCUCAGUGACGUCCAGCUCCGCUUCCUCUGCCACGAUGACAUAGAGAACGUCAAGCUGCUCUGCGGUGAUUGGUUUCCAAUCGAGUACCCAGACUCAUGGUAUCAGGACAUCACCUCCAACAAGAAGUUCUUCUCCCUCGCUGCCACCUUCAGAGGAGGCAUCGUGGGAAUGAUUGUGGCUGAGAUCAAAAGCCGGACCAAAGUGCACAAAGAGGAUGGAGACAUCCUGGCCUCCAGUUUCCCUGUGGACACACAGGUAGCCUACAUCCUCAGCCUGGGAGUGGUCAAAGAGUUCAGGAAACAUGGCAUAGGCUCCCUACUGCUGGACAGUUUGAAGGAGCACAUCUCGACGACAGCCCAGGACCACUGCAAAGCAAUCUACCUACACGUCCUCACCACUAACAACACUGCCAUCAAAUUCUAUGAGAACAGGGACUUCAGGCAGCACCACUACCUGCCCUACUACUAUUCCAUACGAGGGGUCCUCAAAGAUGGAUUCACAUACGUGCUCUACAUCAACGGGGGUCAUCCACCUUGGACAAUAUUUGACUAUAUCCAGCACAUUGGCUCGACCCUGGCCAGCCUGAGCCCCUGCUCCAUCCCGCAGAGGUUGUACCGACAGGCCCAGUCCCUGCUCCGCUCCCUGCUGCCCUGGUCCAACAUCGCCUCCAAGACUGGUAUCCAGUACAGCAGAACAAUGUGACACAGCUUGGAGUGCAGGUGCUCCAUUUUCCAUCAGUCUUCCCCUGUACAGACAAAGAUGUACACACACUCGCUCACAUUCUGGAUCCUCUGUCUCUCCACACCCUGCAGGACUCAGGUUCAACCUGUGCUCGACCGGUCACGUACCAGAGUAUUUCUCCAGAUUCAGUACCUGUGUGGCACUUUUCACUCAAGGUCCGGGUUUGCAGCUGUAGUUGUGAACCCACUUCUAAACAGGGUUGUUGCAUUGCAACAUUAUUCACAGUGCAAUGUGGUGUUUACACUGACAGACAGUGUACUCUGGUAGAACUCUGGUUCCCUCGGCCACGUUGGGCAUGUAGUCACUCUGAUGUGUAUGAGAGUAGAGAACAUACAUGUUCAGUGAGCAAUCACAAUAAUUAAACCCCAUUAACAGACCGGGCCGCCUCAGUCCACUGCAGCUUUUCAUAGCUUUUCUACUGGUUUUUAUUCAGAAGUCCAACACGUCCACAUGAUGUGGGGUCAGUCUGGUACCAAUGAUUACUUUUAACAGGUGAACUGAGAAUCAAUCGAUCCAAAUUCUUAUUGUUGAUUAAAUGAUUAAUGAUGAACAUCUCUGGUUACUAUAGAAUCCCAUAUAUAUUACUCUAUUCCAUAGUUACUAUAGUUACCUGUGUUUGCUCAGUCAUACCAAAGCUGAGCAGUAUCAGAGCAGAGUGUAACACACACACACACACACACACACACACACACACACACACACACACACACACACACACACACACACACCGUGAACCCUACAGAGGCUAAAGGUUUAAACCCAGCUUACCUGUCUCCCUUCACCCGGUUCACUACUGUCACAGAGACUAUGUAUACUGUUUGUAUAUUAUAUAUACUAAGCUAAUAUAUAAAUUUCUCCUGAUGUGUAUGUCUAUUCUAUGCUGUCGUUAGGCCUAGUUGGAAGAUCACCCAUCCGUUUUCCUUUUUUCAGUCCAUUCCGGUUUGUAAAAUUGACCCUCGGCAGAAUUGGACUGUGAAUCUAGAUAUGGUAAUAGGCUAGUGUCUUAGAAUAAAGCUAAUUAUACACAGGAAACCCACAGAGACACAAUGUAGAUGAGCAGUACAGUUGAAAAAGAUUUGAAAAAAGGAUUCUUUGCUUUUGCAAAUGAAAUUAUCAACAAGCGUACUUGUGACACUAGUGCAUAAACAUUCAAACGUGUCAUAGUAUAGUGAUAUUGAAGUUUACGACACAGUACUCUGGUUUUUAUCCCCCUCUUUUUAUUAAAGUAUACGGUCUUUCAGUUUGAGAGCAGGACUUAUUGAUUUCAUCUUUAGAUUUCUAAUGAUUUCACUCUUAACCCUGCGCUGCCACUCAAAUAUCCCUUGUGCUUAGAUUUCCUUUGAAACUUCUGCUCUCCGAUUUGUUUCUGCUGCACUUUGAUAUUUUUUUGUGCAACGAGUCAAAAUUCCAAAGAAUAGUUGCAGUGAGGUCUUGAUUUUGCUGCUUCACGUGGACCAGGGAUCUGCUGGAAUCCUGUUUAGAGAAGGUGUCGUCAUGUUUUUCCUCAAGCACACUGACAGGAAACCUGGUAUAUUUGAGUACGAGCACAAGGUUUCGAGUACAUGUACAUGAAAGUACGUGAAAUCUGUAAGUCCUGCUCUCAAACUGAAAGACCACACUCUGGAAUAAACCCAUUCAGUUCUGUUAGAAAAUCCUACAUAAAGAUAUAGUUAAGAUAAUGAUCUUUCUGCAUUGUGUCAAAAUGUUGCCUGUGUAUAAUUCAUACAAGAGUUGGGAAGAUCUCCUGGAAUUGUUAUUUAAAAGAUUUUAAAUUGUGCUGUAACCGACUAUAGACCUGUCAUUCUGCUCCUUGGCUGUAAAACUGCUGCUAAUGUAGAGCAAUGUCCAUUUGUUUGUUCAGAUUUUUAAGAAUAUGGCCCAGAUUAGAGUUUUAUUGUCGGCCUGUAGAAGCGAUAAAAUGAAAAGGAUGUAAACACAAGCGUCGCACACCGUUGUUUGCCUGUGUGCAUGUCUGGGUCUGAAACUAGCACCUUGUAAGGGUUGGACAUUGGUCCGAUCUGUGUGGAAGAGAGACACGGGAGAGCUCACCCAACAUGUUGACUGGUAAAUCCGCUCUGCGUUUAAUUUCUAGGUUCUUCUGCAUUUUGUUUUGUGUUGCUCCUCAAAAUGACUGAAUCCUGAUCCCGUGUUUCAGCCCGUGAGCAGAUCUUAGACUUUUAUACAUGACAGAGCACUGAACGAGUCGGGGGGGGGGGAGCGGUGUGAUACAUGUUUUUAAACAGGCAAACAUUCCUCAGUUUGUCCGCCCUGGACGGGUGAUCAAGAGAGAGGCUUAGUUGUGUAUGCAAUAAAAAAAUGUAUGAUUUGAUUGAUUGUAAAGACAGAGUGAGUCUGACUGCCUCCUUCUGUACGACUACUUUACAUUGUUCUUAUAUUUCAUUGUGAUGAUCAUAUUACAUUGUUCUAAACCUGA